CGUGCGCGCCGCCGCCGCCAGCGAGGACAGGGUCUCCAUGACAACCGGCCUGGCCGGCUCGCUGAGCUCUCUGCUCACUUGGUUGGAAGGAGCGCCACGAAAGGUCAGAGGAAGGAGCUGUGGGAAGCUCGCAGCAGGUAUUGGAGCUUAAGCGAGUGGAUUUGGGGGCCUCGGGCUCCCUGACCGGCUGUGGUGUGAGCUCGACUCUGCCGAGAAUGGAGUGGGCAGGACAGCACCGGGACUUGCAGGGCUGUGGGUUUGCAGAGAGCCGAAAUGACCAUGACUGCCAACAAGAAUUCCAGCAUCACCCAUGGAGCUGGAGGCACUAAGGCCCCUCGGGGGACUCUGAGCAGGUCUCAGUCAGUCUCUCCACCUCCAGUUCUCUCCCCACCAAGGAGUCCCAUCUAUCCCCUCAGUGAUAGUGAAACCUCAGCCUGCAGGUAUCCCAGUCAUUCCAGCUCCCGGGUGCUCCUCAAGGACUGGCAACCCCGUGAUUCUUCACCCCCAAAUCCUCAAGAUCCUUCUCCAGAUACUUCACCACCCAUCUGUCCCCUCAAAGCCACCAGUUUUGGUUAUUUGGAGAGAAGCCCUUCAGUGUGUAAGAGAGAGGACCAGAAGGAGAACAUACAAGACGCAGCCCAGGAUGUAGAGGGAGUAGCUGCUUGCCUCCCCCCUGCUCAGAGCACUCCAUUCCUAGGGCCAGCAGCUGGCCCACGGAGCAUUUUGCUGACCCGCACAGGCACCCGUGCCCACAGCCUGGGCAUCCGGGAGAAGAUUUCAGCAUGGGAAGGUCGCCGAGAGGCUUCGCCCAGGAUGAGCAUGUGUGGAGAGAAGCGGGAGGCCUCUGGGGGCGAGUGGGUGGUCAGUGAGGGCUGCCCCAGUGUGGGCUGUCCCAUCGUGGUGCCAUCCCCUUGCAGCUCAGAAAAGACCUUUGAUUUCAAGGGCCUCCGGAGAAUGAGCAGGACCUUCUCCGAGUGUUCCUACCCUGAGACCGAGGAGGAGGGAGAGGCACUCCCUGUCCGGGACUCUUUCUACCGGCUGGAGAAACGGCCAGGCCGGAGUGAGCCCAGUGCCUUCCUUAGGGGACAUGGCAGCAGGAAAGAGAGCUCAGCAGUGCUGAGCCGGAUCCAGAAAAUUGAACAGGCUCUGAAGGAGCAGCCAGGCCGGGGACUCCCCCAGCUCCCCAGCAGCUGCUACAGUGUAGACCGAGGGAGAAGGAAGACUGGAACCUUGGGUACCUUGGAGGAGCCAACAGGGAGCUCAAGUGUGAGCACUGGCAGCCGGGCAGUAGGAGUGGCUGGCAUUGGGGGGGAGGCGGGUCCACCCCCGGAGAGGGAAGGCAGUGGCUCCACUAAGCCAGGGACCCUAGGAAAUAGCCCUAGCUCCCAGCUGCUGCCAUCAAAGAGCUCCCUUGAUCCCGCUGUGAACCCUGUCCCCAAACCCAAGCGCACCUUUGAAUAUGAGGCUGACAAGAACCCCAAGAGUAAGCCAAGCAAUGGUCUACCUCCUUCGCCCACACCUGCUGCUCCACCCCCCUUGCCCUCUACCCCAGCCCCACCAGUCACCCGGAGACCCAAGAAGGACAUGCGUGGUCAUCGCAAGUCCCAGAGCAGAAAAUCCUUUGAGUUUGAGGAUGCAUCCAGCCUCCAGUCCCUGUACCCCUCUUCUCCCACUGAGAAUGGUACUGAGAGCCAACCCAAGUUUGGAUCCAAAAGCACUUUAGAAGAGAAUGCUUAUGAAGAUAUUGUGGGAGAUCUGCCUAAGGAGAAUCCAUAUGAGGAUGUGGACUUAAAGAACCGAAGAGCAGGGCGAAAAUCCCAGCAACUAUCUGAAAACUCCUUGGACUCUUUGCACAGGAUGUGGAGUCCACAGGACAGGAAGUACAACAGCCCACCCACGCAGCUCUCCUUGAAACCUAGCAGCCAGUCCCUGCGCAGUGGGAACUGGUCAGAAAGGAAGAGCCACCGGCUGCCACGGAUACCCAAGAGGCACAGCCAUGAUGACAUGCUGCUGCUGGCUCAGCUGAGCCUGCCGUCUUCACCCUCCAGCCUCAAUGAGGACAGCCUCAGCACCACUAGUGAGCUGCUGUCCAGCCGUCGGGCCCGUCGCAUUCCCAAGCUUGUCCAAAGAAUUAACUCCAUCUACAAUGCCAAGAGGGGAAAGAAGAGGUUAAAAAAGCUGUCUAUGUCCAGCAUUGAGACAGCAUCACUGAGAGAUGAGAAUAGUGAGAGCGAGAGCGACUCUGACGACAGGUUCAAAGCCCACACGCAGCGCCUAGUCCACAUCCAGUCGAUGCUGAAGCGUGCGCCCAGCUAUCGGACUCUGGAGCUGGAGCUGCUCGAGUGGCAGGAGCGGGAGCUUUUUGAGUACUUUGUGGUGGUGUCCCUCAAGAAGAAGCCAUCCCGAAACACCUACCUCCCUGAGGUCUCCUACCAGUUUCCAAAGCUGGACCGACCCACCAAGCAGAUGCGGGAGGCAGAGGAAAGGCUCAAAGCCAUUCCCCAGUUUUGCUUCCCUGAUGCCAAGGACUGGCUCCCUGUGUCAGAGUAUAGCAGUGAGACCUUUUCUUUCAUGCUGACUGGAGAAGAUGGCAGCAGACGCUUUGGCUACUGCAGGCGCUUACUGCCAAGUGGGAAGGGACCUCGGUUGCCAGAGGUGUACUGUGUCAUCAGCCGCCUUGGCUGCUUCGGCUUGUUUUCCAAGGUCCUAGAUGAGGUGGAGCGCCGGCGUGGGAUCUCUGCUGCGUUGGUCUAUCCCUUCAUGAGAAGUCUCAUGGAGUCGCCCUUCCCAGCCCCAGGGAAGACCAUCAAAGUGAAGACAUUCCUGCCAGGUGCUGGCAAUGAGGUGUUAGAGCUGCGACGGCCCAUGGACUCCCGGCUGGAGCAUGUAGACUUUGAGUGCCUUUUUACCUGCCUCAGCGUGCGCCAGCUCAUCCGAAUCUUUGCCUCACUGCUGCUGGAGCGACGGGUCAUUUUUGUGGCAGAUAAGCUCAGUACCCUAUCCAGCUGCUCCCACGCGGUGGUGGCCUUGCUGUACCCCUUCUCCUGGCAGCACACCUUCAUUCCUGUCCUCCCGGCCUCCAUGAUUGACAUCGUCUGCUGUCCCACUCCCUUUCUCGUUGGCCUGCUCUCCAGCUCCCUCCCCAAACUGAAGGAGUUGCCUGUGGAGGAGGCACUGAUGGUGAAUCUGGGAUCUGACCGAUUCAUCCGACAGAUGGAUGAUGAGGACACAUUGUUACCUAGGAAGCUACAGGCGGCUCUGGAGCAGGCUCUGGAGAGGAAAAAUGAACUGAUCUCCCAGGACUCUGACAGCGACUCCGAUGAUGAAUGUAAUACCCUCAAUGGGCUGGUGUCGGAGGUGUUUAUCCGGUUCUUUGUGGAGACUGUUGGGCACUACUCCCUCUUCCUGACACAGAGCGAGAAGGGGGAAAGGGCCUUUCAGCGGGAGGCCUUCCGCAAGUCUGUGGCCUCCAAAAGCAUCCGCCGUUUUCUUGAGGUUUUUAUGGAGUCUCAGAUGUUUGCUGGUUUCAUUCAAGACAGGGAGCUAAGAAAGUGUCGGGCAAAGGGCCUCUUUGAGCAGCGAGUAGAGCAGUAUUUAGAGGAACUCCCAGACACUGAGCAAAGUGGAAUGAAUAAGUUUCUCCGAGGUUUGGGCAACAAAAUGAAGUUCCUCCACAAGAAGAAUUAAACAACUUUCCCAGUAGCAGAGUCCAAUGACUUGCAGAGCCUGGAGCCUAGGGAGAGGGCCCAGCCUGGGACCCUCUGGGCUGCUGUGGCUGCUCUGCCACCACAGACUCCACCCUUUAAGCCAGCCCAUCUUUGCCUUCAUGAUAUCCCAGGAUACUGUUUGUAAAUAAUCUGCUGUAAGCUUUAACUGUUUUGUAACAAGCAAAGAGAAUCUGGUAAAUAUUUGUAUAUUCCCAAAGGGCCGGGUGCUUUCCUGCCCUGCCCGAGCAUGGAUGAAGUUUUUCUGGGUGCUGGUGACUGGCCAAUUAUGUGCAGCUGACUGUCUCAGCCGAACCACUGAUCUUUCCUGGAGGCUUUUGGCCUGCCUGCUUGCGGCCCCUGCUGCCAGUCUUGGGCCCUGGAGAGCAGAUGCUGUCUUGUUAUGUACAGGAGGACUAUUUUUUUUUUAAUCUUAGAGUUUCUAUUUUUUUCUAGUAGUCCACCUCCCCAACCCACUGUUUUUGAAAGGCAAAGGCCAGUCAGCCCCCACUUGCAGCAUGGUUCCAGGCUCUUGGGACUGGUCCUUUCUUGUUUCUCCCACCCUCUGAGAUGGUCAGUGAGUCAUGGGAAGCCCAACCCCCCCCAGCUCUGCCAGUGCUUUCUGGGCUCCCCAGUCAGUGGUGGCCAUGAUGCGGUACAGGGCAUCCCUCCUUCCCAUCACCUUACGGGUGUUCUCAAUAAACAGUGUACAGUUGUUUGGGCCCAGAGCCCCAUGUGUUCCUUGACUUCAUUAUCCAGAGUUCUCUCUCUUGGGAAUGGGCUGAGACAGGCCACCUGGGGAUGAAACACCAGCAUGCAAGGAAUUUAGUACCUGAUUAGCGGUUAGCCUCAGUGUGGAUCACUGACCUCCCCAGAAAAAUUUCAGAUAACUGAAAUUCAGUUCUCUGGCCAGAAUCUAUGACUGGUCUUAGAUUUAAAAGAUAUCUAACCAUUGUUCUAGUUCAGCUUUCCUCUCUAGUAGCCAUCUGUUCAGACUUAAUUUAUGUGCUUCCAAUGAUGGAAAGAAUGCUGUUUGCCCUUUGGCUCCAUUGUUAGAUGAAUUUGAACUUUUUCCUAUUCAGUCUGAAACCCUUAAGCAGUCUUUGGGUAUUCUGACAUUGGUAGAGUGAAGACCAGCUAAGGCUAACCCAGGAUUUGGUCAUAGCCCUGACCCAUAGCCUAUGACUCUUCCAUGUCAGUCUGUGAAGUUUUUUCCACUGGAACCUUGAGUUUGCAUAGAACAAGUUCUGUCACAUUCCAUGGAAGAGUAAGGAGAGAAGCGGGGUAGGGAAUAAGGGUAAUUUAGGCUUUCCAACCACCAGGGCCUCGGUAGAGCAGAGGCCUUGAAAACUCCCAAGAUGAGGCAUUGAGCUGGAACUUUUCAUUGGUAUUGGGUUUGGGUACGGCAGAAUUUGAACCUUGGAGUAAAGUAUCCUGUCCUUCCAACCUAGUCUGUUUAAACAGGAAAUGAUCUCAUGCUGAAUUUUCUUUCCUCCUGCCCCCUAUCUCCAUUGAGGCCUAUGCAGGCCCCGACUUAUCUAUGAUUUGGGGCUGCUAUCUGCUUCAUAAAAACAAAGUGGAGGGUUUGUCUUCCCGGAAGAAACCAUAGUCGUCUUCUCUGAAAAAGCCUUCUACAGAGUUGGCUUUUGCAUUUGCCUGGAAUGCAAAAGGAGGACAGGGAUUGAGGCCUUAUGAGUCUGGGUUUUCAGUUGAGGUGGAGAGAGAAGACAGUGAGUGUAACCAGAAAAUUCAGAAUGGGGUGUAGUUACCUCCAGAACUCAUCACUGUUAUCCCAAUCUGGGUUUCAUGACAGUCACAGAAGUGGUUUCAUUAAUAAUAAAAGACGGUUUCCAAA